CGGCAGUCAUGGUGAGCCGUGAGCACAGCCACAGCUACGAGCAGCUCAUGCUCGACCCGGCGACGCUGGGAGGCUCCGCCUGCAGCUGGGCCGAGGCGGCCGCGCUGGAGAUCAUCCCGCCGCAGCUCCUCGCGGCGCUGGGGGAGUACCUCUCCGCCGGCCACGCCGGGGACGGCGACGCCGCCGAGGCCGAGGCCGAUGCGGAGGCGGACGACGAGUUCAUGAUGUACGAGUUCAAGGUGCGGCGGUGCGUGCGCCCGCGGAGCCACGACUGGACGGCGUGCCCCUACGCGCACCCGGGCGAGGCCGCGCGCCGCCGGGACCCGCGCCGCGUGGCCUACGCGGGGGAGCCCUGCCCGGACUUCCGGCGCCGCCCUGGCGCCGCGUGCCCGCGCGGGAGCGGCUGCCCGUUCGCGCACGGCACCUUCGAGCUGUGGCUCCACCCGUCCCGGUACCGCACCCGCCCCUGCCGCGCGGGCGCCGCCUGCAGGCGCCGCGUCUGCUUCUUCGCGCACGCCGCCGCCGAGCUCCGCGCCGCGUCCAAGGACGACGGGGGCUCGCUGUCGCUCUCGCCCAAGUCGACGCUGGCGUCGCUCUGGGAGUCGCCGCCGGUGUCGCCCGUCGAGGGGCGGAUGAGGUGGCUGGACGCCGUCGACGAGGCGUCGGACGCGGACGCGGAGGUGGAGGAGCUCAUGCUCGCAAUGCGGGAGCUCAGCUUCAGGAAGGCCGCGGCGGCGUCGGCGCUCGUAGCGGCGCCGGUGCUGCCCCCCGUGACGGAGGAGGACGGGCCGGACUUGGGGUGGGUGUCGGAGCUGGUGAUGUGAGCAUGCAUGCCGGCGCCCCUCCCAGCCCAAGAUGGAUGCCAUCUCCGACGAGGCGCCCCUCUCGCACCAUUCGGAACAGCUUCAUUAUUAAGCAAUAUUAUUGUUAAUUCUAGCAUUUUCUCUAAUUGCAUCAUUCUUCUGUGGAUAAACAAAACAUGGUGCAAGUAUCCAUACAGCGAUCUUGUAAGCGUGGCGUGUGUUCCCCUCUUCUUUUUGUCGGAGAUCUUGGGCGUAGCGUGCGUGCAGGUGCAUGUGCAUGCCGCCGCCCACGGUUUCUCCGAUUACCAAGUGUAUGUAGUAGAAACCAAGUACGAAGUGUAAUUGGCCAAGUAA